AUUCGUUCUGGCCUUCACCCAUGUCUGGGCGUUUCCAAAUGCCCAGUGUUCCCGACCGAGGUGGUCUUCGCCUUGGACAUGUCAGAUGACGUCUCCCAGUUGGAUUUUGAGAGAAUGAGAGACAUUUUACUGUCUCUGCUGAUGAAGAUGGAAAUCAGUAGGAGUAACUGCCCCACGGGUGCCCGGGUGGCCACUGUCUCCUACAGCAGUGGAACCAAUUACCUGGUUCGCCUCUCUGAUCGCAAGGGGAGGCCCGCGCUCCUGCAGGCGGUCAGGGGGCUCUCGCCGGCAGGCUCAUCUGGCAGCAGGCACCUUGGGGACGCCGUGAGGUUUGUGGCUAGACACGUAUUCAAGCGCGUGCGUGCAGGCCCUCUCCUGAGGAAGGUGGCCGUGUUCUUCCAGGCUGGCUGGACCUGGGAUGCAGGUUCUAUCAGCACUGCCAUGCUGGAGCUCAGCCUGUUGGACAUCACUUCUGUGGUCAUCACCUUCACGGAGGACCACAACCUCCCGGAUGCCCUGCUGGAUCUGCUGGGUUGUCCAGACACACACCCAGAGGCCAUGGAUGACCUGUUGCUGAGGCCCUGUGGGCUGCUGGUUUUGACUAGAUUGUUACCACCCAAGAGGGACCACCAGGAUCAGAAGCCAAGGACAGGAAUUAAGCAGAUCUCUCUGCUUGAGCCUUCUUCAGAAUCAUCUUGUCUACCUUACCAGUGACUGUGCCAGCAAGCCCGAAGUCAAAGUAAUGAGAUGUUAAUGAAUAACAGCUAGAUGCGGGUUGCCCAAGCGCCAGUGUGGCAAAUCUGGCCUUACUGAUGAUUUGAAAGCCCUCGAAGCAAAAGACUCUUUUCAAGAGGAGGAUAGAGAAGCCGCAAUGACGUCUAUCACUCAGCAAGAAGCCCUUGAGAACUAUGAAAAGAGUGGCUACGAUGCUGAAGAAAAUCAUCAAAAAGAUCCAGCAAAACUGAAAAAAACUGGAAAAGAAAGAAGUCCAGGCAAUGUCUAUGAUCCUUGUUUCCUGGCUCCAGUGAAAGGAGAGUGCCAGGAUUAUGUCCUGAAUGGUCCUAUAACCAGAAGGAACAGGCUUGCCGACAAUUCUGGUAUGGCGGCUGUGGGAGUGAUGCCAACUGGUUCGAGACCAAGGAAGCAUGUGAAACUGGUGUGUUCCAGUUUCCCUAUAGAGUCAGGAAGAGCCUCAGCGCUGCUGCCUCUGUCUUAAAAACUCAUGGAAUGCAGGUGACCUUUCCUGAGACAGUGCCACCCAGCUCAGAAGUGAUGAAGCCCACACCACGACCUCAGAGUUUGGACCCCUCAACCUGUGAAGUGUUUUCUGCUGGCGAGGGCUUGGACCAGAUGAUUUGUGAAGGACUUCACUCUAGUAGUUUCAAAAACAGGAAUUGAAACUUUCCUGAAAACUCUUUCAAUGAUUUAAAAACUUCAUAAGAAAGAAACUUGACAUUACCUAAAAAUUUUCUUGGCAUGGUAGCAAAAAGAAAUUUUUCUUGACAUUGUAAGUAAAACCUCAUUUGAAAAUGAGUUGAAACGAUAUCCUUUUUUUUAUCAUUAAGACAACAUGG